AUGAGCCAAUCAGUUUGAGAGUCCCUUAUCCAAACAAAUACCCUCUUUUCGUGCCAUUUGAUUUUCCGUCGUUCAAAAUCCCUUCCAAUCCACAGAUCAACAUUUUUUUUUUUGGUGGGUAGCAGUGAGGAUAAAAAAUGGCUAUGGCCACAGCUGUCGUGUGUCCUCAGAACAUCACCGGAGCCAUCGUGAGCUCACCUAGCAAGACCAAGAAGAGAGUGGUACACGUGAGAGGCAUAAAUUCAUUUGGGGGACUGAAGGCUAGCAAUGGUGUUGUCUCUUUGGGGAUUCCUAUGAGCACUGAGAAGUGCUUUGCUAAGGUUGUGAGCUCAGUGAAAGCAGCUACAUCAAAUGGGAAAGGAAAAGGAGGGGCUCUUUCUUCCACGUGCAACGCUGCUGGUGAGAUAUUCACGAUUGCUGCUAUCAUCAAUGGACUUGUUCUUGUCGGGGUUGCUGUUGGCUUUGUGCUCUUGCGAGUUGAAGCAUGGGUCGAGGAGUCCGAGGCAGAGUGAAAAUUCAAUCAGAUAAGCAAGCAAUUAAUUAAUAUCCAGAAUAGUUGUAUGUUCCUAUAUUGAUGAUGUGGCUGUUCUUGUUUUCGUUAUGACUUGUAUAUUUAUUUGUCAAGUUUCAUCAUUUUCCUAUUUCAUUCGCAAUUGGAUCUCUCGUCAAUAAUCUGCCAAUCCUAAACUUCUGCAUUGAACCUGGAAGUCACAGCCUCUGACUGUUCUAAUAUCUCUCCAACGAGAAAUCAUUUGUAAUUCUUGCAAAACCAGCAAGUCAGUAACUAUGAGAAAGAGGUAUAUAUCAAAUUUACUUUUGAAAUUA